UCGCACCUGAGGGAAAGAGGGGAGGAGGGAGCGGCCGCCAUCUUGCGUGAGGGAGAGACCGGACCAGCUUAGCCAGGACGGAAGGAAGGAGGGAGGGAAGCAGCUAGUCAGCCGCCGACCCACCACCGCGGAGGAGCCGCCAUGAACCCCGAGUAUGACUACCUGUUCAAACUGCUUCUGAUUGGUGACUCCGGUGUGGGGAAGUCAUGCCUCUUAUUGCGGUUUGCUGAUGACACCUACACAGAAAGCUACAUUAGCACCAUUGGGGUGGACUUCAAAAUCCGCACCAUCGAGUUGGAUGGCAAAACUAUCAAGCUGCAAAUUUGGGACACGGCCGGGCAGGAACGGUUUCGAACCAUCACCUCCAGUUACUACCGAGGGGCACAUGGAAUAAUUGUGGUGUACGAUGUAACGGAUCAGGAAUCCUACAACAACGUGAAGCAGUGGCUGCAGGAAAUCGAGCGCUACGCCAGUGAAAAUGUCAACAAGCUCCUCGUGGGCAACAAGUGCGACUUGACCACGAAGAAAGUGGUGGACUACACAACUGCCAAGGAAUUCGCAGACUCGCUUGGGAUCCCCUUCCUGGAGACCAGCGCCAAGAAUGCCACCAAUGUGGAGCAGUCGUUCAUGACUAUGGCAGCUGAGAUCAAGAAACGCAUGGGCCCGGGUGCCACGGCUGGUGGUGACAGACCCAACCUGAAAAUUGACAGCACUCCGGUCAAACAAGGAGGCGGCGGCUGCUGCUGAGGAGGAGGGACAUGAGGAUAGUGUGGGGGGGGGGGCGGGGGGCAGCCUGGGGGGCAGGCUGUGGGGAGAGCGGGCCUGCCCCUCCCCUUCUGGUCCAGCCCCACCUCCUGCUUCUUUUUCUUCUCCGAAGGUGGCUUUCCCGGAUGAUACCUCGCCGGAGGGGGACGGGACCUCCCUCCCCUUCCAGCUCAGCUGCUCCAAGUGCUGUUGAGUAUCCUCGGCCUGUUUAUUUUGGUUUUGGGGUUUUGUUUUUUUUGUCACUUAACUCUGUAGGGGAUUUUGUGUGGGAGGGGUACUGGGGUUGCGGGAGGCAGUGGGUUGGGCUGAGGGUGGGCUUUGUACAGGUUGCAAGCUUCCCCACAACAUGGGGAAGUGGGGGGUGAUGACAUGCUCGUCUGCCUUGGGGCCCUCCUUCCCCCUCUGCAUCCCCCAAGGUAGGCAAGGCCUGGGCAAUGGUUCUCUUUGCUGGUUUCGUUAUGCUGCCCUCCCUUCCAUCUCUUCUCUUCCCCCACCUCCAAAACUGUGUUUCUAAUCUGGGGCAGAGCGUUGGUUAUCUUUUGCUUCAGUCUCUCUUUGCUUCCUGCCCCCAUGAGUCUUUGGACUUUGCUAGGGCAAGCCUGAGUUCCUGUGUCCUGUCCUUCUUACUGGCAUUUGACUGGUUUGUCAGCAGACAGGGUUUAGCUGGCAAAGGGCUGAAGUGUUUGUGCGUCUCCCCCUGUCUCCAGGCCCCAUUUGGGCAAGAUGCUGUGUGGCCCACUGCACUCAUUCCCCUGCAUGUGGCAACUGCUUUCUUUUUCUGCCUGGGGCGGGGGUUUGGUGUCCCUUGCUUCCUUGCUAUUUUUUCUACCACCACAUCCUUUCCACUCCAGCCACUCCUAAAACCUUUCCUCUCAGGGCACCCUGUCCCACAGCUCCUCUCUUUCCUAGCUGUCUCCUCUCUCCUGUGCCCUGUUUUUCCCAGCCUGCUCUAGGAACAGACAACCUGCUGGCCUCUAGCGGGAGGAGAAAUGUGUAAUAUGGCCUCCCUCCAUCACUAGCGCUGCUGCUGCUGCUGCUUCCCCUCGCCCAAGUGGCGGGUGGUUUAUUGAUCUAAUUUAAUCCUUCCUCAAGCCUGAACUGGGAGGAAGGAAGGUGGGUCACAGGGGGCUUCCCAGCUCCUGCAUUCCACAGUUGAUGAAUGUAUCUUUUGGACAGCUGGGCAAACUCUGUGAGUCUGCUUCAGGUGUGGUCAGAGCAGGGCCCCGCUCACCUGUGGCCAUCUGGGCAUGCUUUGGCCCUGAUCUUCCUCCCAUGCCACCCAUUGAUUCCCUUGUUGAUAUUUGCAGGUCCAUGUAGCCAAACCCUAUUCUUUUCCACCCACACACCUUCCUUCCCUGGAUCAUGACCAAACCAAGGCCCAUCCGUCCCACCCUGUCACCCCCACUACCCCCAAUUUUGGGCUCUGGCUCCCAAGAAUGCUGUAUUGUCUUUUUUUUUUAGCACCAGGAAGCUGCAUUUUCCAUAUUGCUUCACUACUACAUUCAUCCCAUUGUCUUUCCCCCUUCCCCCACUUUAUUUAAGGAACGUCAGGGACCCCGCUGGGCCAGGAAGUGGGUGGAAGGUGGUUUUGUUCGUCAGCUUCUUCUUUUUCCACAAGUGAAAUUUAAAAAACACAAAUGAGAGGAAAAGAGAAAAAAAUCCAAUAAAACAUAACCAGCCUCUGCAAAAUGAGGGAUUUUCAGGC